AACAGGUGGAUCCAUCAGCUGGUCCUGCCACUUUUGUUAUGACCGUUACCACGGAGACUACGGGGGAAGGAAAAAAAUAGAGAAAACAGAGUACUAAUCGAGCAAUUACCAAAUGAAAAUUGUCAGUGGCCAUAAUGGAGGACUAUGCGCCAAGUCGAUAUAAAAUGCUCGAGAAAAUCGGAGAAGGCGUCCAUGGCUGCGUGUUUAAGGCCAUCGAUUUGCAGCGCAACAAGGAGGUGGCCAUCAAAAAGGUGGCCCUCAAGAACAAGUUCGGGAACAUAGCUCUGAAUACUUUAAGGGAAAUCAAGACCCUGCAGCUCUGCAAAUCGGAAUAUAUCGUGGGCAUUAUCGACAUAUACCCCGACCUGACUGGACUGUCGUUGGUGCUGGAAUACCAGCCGGACACCCUGUACAACCGCCUCAAGAGCGAAGUGAAUCCCCUGAGUCGCCAGCAGGUGCGCAAGUUCGCACACCAAAUGUUCAAGGGCAUCGCCUAUCUGCACGAUUCGGGUCUGAUGCACCGGGACAUAAAGCCGGCCAAUCUCUUGAUAAGCGAUACGGACAUGCUAAAGAUCGCCGACUUUGGACUGGCCCGUCUGUACUUUCCCGAGGAUGAGGCGCGUCUGUAUUCCCCUCAAGUGUCCACACGCUGGUAUCGAGCUCCGGAGAUUCUCUGGGGCAGCCAGAAGUACGGAACUGGAGUGGACAUGUGGGCGGCAGGUUGCGUGGUGGCGGAGAUGUUGCGGGGAGUGCCUCUGUUCGCAGGAACCACCGACAUUGAGCAGUUGGCCAUUAUAAUCCGGACUCUGGGCAGUCCACGCUUGAAUCAAUGGCCCGAGUUGACUUCCCUGCCGGAUUACAGCAAGAUACGCUUUCCAAAUUCCGUGGGAAUACACUGGGAUAACCUGUUUCCCAGCUGCACUCAUGCGGUGGAAAUCAAUCUGGUCUCAAAUCUAGUUGUUUACAAUCCCAAAAACCGUCUUAAAGCCAGUGAGGCCGUCGAACACGAUUAUUUUCACUAGCUAUAAGACUAUUUACACAGGUAUUGUUAGCAUCUAAGAGUUUUCCGAUUCUUUAUAUCUGAAAAGGGGAAAAUAAAU